AGUGACGGCCAAUAUUACGCGGCUUGACCUGUUACUGAAAAUAUACGUAGCACAAUAAAGGUUACACGAUUGUACUAGUGCCAGUGAAACUGUAAAACAUUCAAUUCUGAUCUUGAUUUCGAGCGCAGUGCACGACCACCGACCAUGCAUUCUAAAACGGUUUUACCUUUAAUGUUAAUUAGUUUAUUCAAAUUAUAUUAUUGCGCAGAAGUAACUCCUCCUCCGGGAAUAACGUUUUAUUUCGCGUACGGCAGUAAUUUGUUAACCAAACGCUUGCAUCUCAACAACCCAUCGGCGGUCUUCUAUAGCAUCGCCAAACUUAGGGAUUACAGAUUAGAUUUUAAUUACCAAGUGGAAGCCUGGCAAGGCGCCGUGGCUACUAUAGUAGAAGACAAGGAUGCCCACGUGUGGGGCACCGUGUGGACCAUGGACACAGACCAACUGCAUUAUCUAGACGAGCAAGAAGGCGUGGCGCUCGGUAUAUACUACCCCAAGAACGUGACUGUGACGACACCUAGCGGCCAGCAGUUAGUAGCCCGCACCUACAUAGAAACUAAUAAUCCUGAUAAAGUCAAGAACGGCACGGAUAUACCUAUGGGCAGACGCCCUUCCAAUACCUACCUUGAGGUCAUCGCACUGGGUGCAAUCGAGUCUCACCUUCCCGCAGAUUACGUUGGCUAUAUUUUCUCAUUUCCCACAAAUGGCAAGAUGGCUAGCAAAACUAGAAGAGAAGAGUUAGGAUACCCUUUUUAAUAUAAAACAAAAUAUAGAGGUACCUAUAAGGUAUUAAUUCCUGUGAUAUGCGCCAAAUAUUAUAAAAACGUGUCUACGCACAGACGCUAACACAUCAGAUUACUAAUUGACAAACUUAAUAUAAUAAGUAUAUUAUGAAGUCCUGAGAGGAUUUCAGUUACAAGUUUUAAAAAUCUGCUAAUGAGUGUGUUUGGAUUCUUCAUUUUCUCGAAUGUCGCAAGCACCAGAUGUGAGCGCACAACUACAUAAAUACUUUUUGUACCAUUCAGAGCGAGCUUGAUGUGCUAUCGAAUCUACUUUGUAUUUAAAAAAAAUAAAAGAAAUUUACUUAAUCA